AUGAAAGAGAAUGAGUCUGUGAAAGACUAUGUGGAUAAGCUUAUGAAGAUAGUCAACCAAGUUAGGUUUUUGGGAGCUGAGAUUUCAGAUGCAAGAAUUAUGGAGAAGGUGCUAGUGAGUAUUCUUGAGAGAUUUGAGUCAAAGAUUGCAGCUCUUGAGGAAUCCAAAAAUCUCACCUUAAUGACAAUGCAAAAGCUGAAAUUCAAGGCUUCUGUUGCGCUUAAAUUAGGAUGCAAGGUGAAAUGUUUGAGAACUGAUAAUGGAGGGGAGUUCACUUAUGAUGAGUUUGAAGCCUUUCUAUCUAUCACUGGGAUAUUACUAGAAUUGGUUCAAGAACCUAUUGAAAAUCCUAAUGAUGAAGAAUUUGUUGUCAGGGGCAUCAAGACUCUAGAAAGCAUUUAUGAUAGAUGCAAUAUGGCCAUUACAGAUCCUACAAGUUAUUCAAAAGCCAAAGAGUUAGCUCAUUGGCAAGCUACCAUGAAAAAGGAGCUAAGGGUGAUAGACAAAAACAAAACUUGGUCCUUGGUUGAUAGAACAGACUCUAUGAAUGUCAUUGGCACUAAAUGGAUCUUUAGAACCAAGUUUAAUAUUGAUGGCUCAAUCAACAAGCACAAGGCCAGACUGGUUGUACAAGGUUAUGUUCAACGACUAGGAAUUGAUUUUACUUAUACAUUUACACCAGUGGCCAGAUUUGAGACAGUUAAACUUUUACUUGCAAUAACUGGUGGUCUUAGUUGA